AAAUUUUUCCCCAUUUGCCAUUUCCGACGAGCACCUUCCCCGUCCUCCUCCCACCUCGCGUGGCACGCCAUGGCCUUCUCCCCGCGCUCGCCGUGGUCGCGCGCCAGGAAGCCCGACGUCUACUCAACCUUCGUCGUCCACGGCGAUGACGAAGACGACGACGUCCGGGGCGGCAGGGGUCCCGCCACGGGGCCGGAGGACGACGAGGAUGAGGACCCCUCCUCGCUGCCACCGCUCCUCCAGCGCCUCCCCAAGGACUUCGGCGGUGCCUCCUUCGACGACGAUGAGGACCCCUACUCCUCCGACCCCGACGAAGCCUCUAUCUCCGCCACCGUCGUCGUCAAGCGCGGCGCCCCGGCCUCCGCCCGAUCCCCGUUCCUGGAUCUGCGGCGCUCCAGUCCCCGCGCCGCCGAGGAGGACCCCUACUCCACCUUCGUCGUCCACUCCACCGCGCGCUCAGGGGUUGCCUCCUCCAGCCCACGCGAGUCCGCCUCCGGCACAUUCAUCCGUCACUCGGGUGGCUCGUCCAGCCCCCGCGAGUCGUUCUCUGGCACCUUCAUUCGCCACACCAGCGGGGGCUCUAGUCCCCAUGAGGUUGCCUCUGGCAGCGGCGGGGGGUUCGGGUCCUCUUUCUGGAGUCCAGCGGUGGAGCAGUCGGAGGAGCUCCGGCAGCCAUCGCCUCUGAUGCAGCAGCAACAACAGCAAAAUUCAAGGCGGAAGCCAUCCGUGAGCUCAGUGCCAGACAGCGUUACCAGGGAGGAUCCUUCCACCAAGUACGAGCUGCUCCAUGAGCUUGGGAAAGGUUCAUAUGGUGCAGUGUACAAAGCAAGGGAUCUCAGAACGCAGGAGCUUGUGGCUGUCAAGAUCAUCUCCUUAACAGAAGGGGAAGAAGGCUAUGAAGACAUACGGGGAGAAAUCGAGAUGCUGCAGCAAUGCAGCCAUCCAAAUGUUGUCCGCUACUUUGGAAGCUAUCAAGGAGAGGAAUACCUAUGGAUAAUUAUGGAGUACUGUGGUGGUGGAAGUGUCGCUGACUUGAUAGGCAUCACAGAGGAGCCUCUUGAUGAAUCCCAGAUAGCUUACAUAUGUAGAGAAGCACUGAAGGGUCUUGCUUACUUGCACUCAAUUUUUAAAGUCCAUAGAGACAUUAAAGGUGGUAACAUUCUUCUAACUGAGCAAGGCGAGGUGAAGUUGGGCGAUUUUGGUGUAGCGGCCCAGCUGACGAGAACCAUGUCAAAGCGCAACACGUUCAUUGGUACUCCACAUUGGAUGGCGCCAGAGGUCAUUCAAGAAAGUCGCUAUGAUGGAAAGGUAGAUGUUUGGGCAUUAGGUGUAUCUGCAAUUGAGAUGGCAGAGGGCAUGCCACCAAGAUCCACUGUGCAUCCAAUGAGAGUUAUCUUCAUGAUAUCUAGUGAACCUGCACCAAUGCUGGAGGAUAAGGAGAAGUGGUCUCUCCUCUUCCAUGAUUUUAUUGCGAAGUGUCUAACAAAAGAUCCAAGACUUCGUCCUGCUGCAAGUGAGAUGGUGAAGCACAAAUUUAUUGAGAAGUGUAAUACUGGAGCUUCGAAAAUGUUGGCAAAGAUUAAGGAUGCAAAGAGGAUUAGAGCCACACUUGCUGCACAAAGCCAGCUGGAUGGCCCUGAUGAUGAAAUGCUAGAUGCAACUGUUCGAAUAAAUGAAGACUAUGGGGAAACUGUUCCCGCAAACUCUCAGCAACACAUGAAUCAGGCAACAUAUAAUGAUGGUCAGGCAGGUGAUUUUGGUACUAUGAUAGUCCAUUCUGAAGAUGGUGACGAAGUGGCAGAAUCACCCAUUUUUCCAAGAACAGAGUUCAUUCCAGGCCUUGGUAGCAUCAAUUCUUUCACACAUGAUCCAAAGAGAGCCGAACUCAUUUCAAAGUUUUGGGCGGAGAAUACAACUGAUAGCGAUGCCAAUAAAGAUCGGGAUCUAGAUGACCAUGUUGACAUGCAGCAACCAAAAGCAAUCCCAACUUCAACCGGAACUGUGAAGAAACAUAUUGGUGCAGAAGGGACUAUGCGACGCCAUGAUAGUCAAAUUAGUUCUUCACCGGGUCUUGCCAACCCAACGAUGAAGUUAAACAACAGCCCAAGCCGUAAAGCAUUUUCUGUUCAGGAUAAGCUCUGGUCAAUUUAUGCUGCCGGCAACACUGUGCCUAUACCAUUUCUUAAGGCGAUUGACAUUUCACCGCUAGCUCUAGUGUCAGAAAAUGACGCAGGAAAUGGCCUGGCUGGGUCAAGUACAAAUGAUGCCUUGGAGGCAGUUAGGGAGCUGUUCAGUGGUGAUGGACAGGCAAAGAAAGGGCGCAAAGGGCAAAACGAAGUCCCUCUUCCUCCUGGUGUGCACCACAGAUUAACGACAUGCCCCACAUUGAUGAACCUGGCCCAAGCUCUAGCUUACCAUAAGACCUGCUACGAGGACAUGCCUCUACAAGAUUCACAAGCAACACAAGAGCAGCAGACGAUACAAAAUCUUUGUGAUACACUUCGAACCAUACUGAGGUUGCAGCCACCAGGUACCAGCCAACCGCCCCGCGGCGCGGCGCGGCACGGUAAGGCGCUACGCAUCAACAAAAGCAGGUCCUCUCGUCCGACUCGUCUCGUCUCCCUCCCGCGGCUCGCCUCACUCCCCCAACCCCAUUCGUUGGCUGCCUCGCCUCGCCUCCCUUCCGCGCGCGGACCGAGGGGAGCUGCGGCGAUGGGGAAGAACAUGCGCAUCAAGACGGCGCCCAAGCCCAACCGCAUCCCCCUCCUCGGCAACGGGGAGACGUCGAGGGCGCUCUCCGACCUGGAGGAAGGCAGCAACGUCCAGCCAGCGAACGUCGGGUUCUGCCGGGUCAUCAAGUUGGCCAGGCAUGACGCCGGGAAGCUGGUGCUCGCCACCAUCGCACUGCUCGUCGCCUCCCUCAGCAACAUUCUCGUUCCGAAAUACGGUGGCAAAAUAAUUGACAUUGUGUCAAGAGAUGUUCGGCGCCCAGAAGAUAAGGCUCAAGCGCUGGAGGAUGUUAAGGGCACAAUUUUGUACAUUGUGUUGAUCGUUGUAGUCGGUUCAGUUUGCACGGCACUUCGGGCAUGGUUAUUUAAUUCUGCUAGUGAGAGAGUAGUCGCUCGACUUAGGAAGGACUUGUUCAGUCAUCUCAUAAACCAGGAAAUAGCAUUUUUUGAUGUGACUAGGACAGGAGAGCUCUUAAGCAGGCUUUCUGAAGAUACACAGAUAAUCAAGAAUGCUGCUACAACCAACUUAUCAGAGGCACUGCGCAAUAUCACUACUACAGCUAUUGGUCUUGGUUUUAUGUUUUCAACUUCGUGGAAGUUAACAUUGCUGGCACUUGUAAUUGUCCCGGUUAUAUCAGUUGCUGUGCGUAGUUUUGGACGAUUUCUUCGUGAGCUUUCACAUCAAACACAAGCUGCUGCAGCUGUAGCUUCAUCCAUAGCAGAGGAAUCCUUUGGUGCCAUUCGCACAGUAAGAUCCUUUGCUCAGGAAUCUCACGAGAUUUCACGAUAUGGCGAAAAAGUAGAGGAAACGCUUAAACUUGGUCUCAAGCAAGCUAAAGUCGUUGGCUUGUUUUCUGGAGGGCUUAAUGCAGCAUCAACCCUGUCAGUGGUUAUUGUUGUUAUUUAUGGUGCCAACUUAACCAUCAAUGGUUACAUGACAACUGGUUCUCUCACAUCGUUCAUCUUAUACAGCCUUACAGUUGGUUCGUCAGUAUCUGCCCUGUCAGGACUGUACACGACUGUAAUGAAAGCCUCUGGUGCAAGCCGUAGAGUUUUUCAACUUCUGGACCGUGUUUCCUCAAUGCCAAACUCUGGGGAUCAAUGUCCAACAAAUGAGCAAGAUGGGGAAGUUGAGCUUGAUGAUGUCUGGUUUGCAUAUCCUUCUCGCCCUAAUCAUAUGAUUCUUAAGGGGAUAACAUUGAAGUUAGCACCGGGUUCAAAGGUCGCACUUGUCGGGCCAAGUGGUGGUGGUAAAACCACGAUAGCAAAUUUGAUCGAACGGUUUUAUGACCCUCUAAAGGGAAGGAUCUUGCUUAACAGAGUGCCAUUGGUAGAAAUUUCACACCAAUAUCUUCAUAACAAGGUAAGCAUAGUCAGUCAGGAGCCUACACUCUUUAACUGCACCAUCGAAGAGAACAUUGCUUAUGGAUUAGAGGGAAAAACUAACUUUGCUGACGUCGAGAGCGCAGCUAAAAUGGCGAAUGCACACAACUUCAUCUGCAGCUUCCCUGACCAAUACAAGACCGUCGUUGGCGAGCGAGGGAUCAGAUUAUCUGGCGGGCAGAAGCAGAGGAUUGCCAUCGCGAGAGCUUUGCUUAUGAACCCACGAGUGCUUCUCCUAGAUGAAGCCACCAGUGCCCUGGAUGCUGAGAGCGAAUAUCUUGUCCAGGAUGCAAUGGACUCGUUGAUGAAAGGAAGAACCGUUCUUGUGAUAGCUCACCGGCUCUCCACCGUCAAGAGCGCCGACACCGUGGCCGUCAUCUCCGACGGCCAAAUUGUGGAGAGCGGCACGCACGACGAGCUCCUCGCCCGUGACGGCAUCUACACCGCCUUGGUGAAGAGGCAGCUGCAAGGGCCCAAGUUUGAGGCCACCAGCAGCAUCAGCGAGGCGUCCGAAAUAGAAGCCGAAGCCAGCAGCAAUGGGCAAUAGCCCUUUGCACUGUUAGGUGUCCUGCCCCCUUCACCCUUCAGUGUUAGUCGGGCACAACUUGACGAAUCCCACUGAAUUAUAUGUAACCCUGAUCCUGACGUAUGCCACUGCGAAUCACACGAAAACGUUUUAGAUGUCACACGAUGCUACAGAAUGUUGCAGGAGUUUGCGCUUAUGCUGUGUUAAUUUCUUACUGCUGCA